AGAAAGGGACAAGGAAAGAGAGAGGGACAGAGAGAAAGAGAGGGAAAAAACAGAGGAAAAUAGACUUCUCUGAGACAUCUGCGGGAUUACUCUAAUAGUGUGUUUGGGUGUGUGUGUGAGUCUGUAUGUGACUUUUCCUGGACAUGGAUACCCCACUGACCACCCCACUCCUCCUCACCCUCCUCUGCUCCCUCUCCCUCAUUCAUGGGGCCAUGGACUCCUGCUACGAUGACAACGAGGGUGUCCCAAGCCGCUGCAUGCCCAAGUUUGAGAACGCAGCCUUCAACCGCACGGUCAUGGCCUCUAACGUGUGCGGUUCGCCCCCGGAGGACUACUGCAUGCAGACGGGCUCGACGCGGUCCUGCCACCACUGUAGAUUGUCGGACCCGGGCCUCAGCCACAACGCCAGCCUGCUGACGGACUUCCACACGGAUGAUGAACCCACCUGGUGGCAGAGCCAGUCCAUGUUCUACGGAGUCCAGCACCCUAACUCUGUAAACCUCACCCUGCACCUCAGUAAAGCCUUUGAGAUCACCUACGUGCGCCUCAAGUUCUACACCAGUCGACCGGAGAGCUUUGCCAUCUACAAGCGAACAAGUGAGGAUGGACCAUGGAUGCCCUACCAGUACUACAGCGCCUCCUGUACCAAGACCUAUGGGAAGAACGCCAAGGGAUACAUUCGCCCGGGGGACGAUGAGAGGAUGGCAGUCUGCACCGACGAGUUCAGUGACAUCUCCCCUCUAAGCGGGGGCAAUGUGGCCUUCUCUACCCUGGAGGGGCGACCCAGCGCAUACAACUUUGACCAGAGCGCCGUGCUACAGGAGUGGGUGACAGCCACUGACCUGCUCAUCUCUCUGGACAGGCUCAACACAUUCGGAGAUGAGUUCUUCAAGGACGCCAAGGUGCUGCGAUCCUACUUCUACGCCAUCUCCGAUUUCUCCGUAGGCGCCAGGUGUAAGUGUAAUGGCCAUGGCAGUGAGUGUGUGUUGGACGGGCAGGGGGCUCUGGUGUGUGACUGCCAGCAUCACACUGUCGGGGUGGACUGCCAGAGGUGUCACCCAUUCUACCAGGACAGGCCUUGGGCCAGGGCCACCGGAGACUCUGCCAACAAGUGUAUGAAGUGUAACUGCAGUGGGCGAGCGGAUGCAUGUGUGUUCGAUGCGGAGCAGUACCGCAGCACAGCAAGUGGGGGGCGCUGUGUAGACUGUAGGGACCAGACUGAUGGACCGCAUUGUGAAAGCUGUAGAGAGAACCACUACCGACGGUCACCACAGGACCCCUGCAGCCCCUGUGACUGUAACACCAUGGGUUCUGUGAGUCUGCAGUGUGGUGUGGAGGGGAAGUGUGAGUGCAGACCCAGUGUGACAGGGGAGAAGUGUGACACCUGUCAACCCGGUUUCCACUCCCUCAGCCCUGGCGGCUGCAGGUUGUGCGACUGUGACCUUAGGGGCAGUGUGGGCGUCUGCUCUGUGCUGGAUGGUGGCUGUCACUGCAGGGCUAACGUGGAGGGACACGCGUGUGACAGGUGUAAACCAGGCUCCUUCAACCUGCAAGAGAACAAUCCAGCUGGCUGUACGCCCUGUUUCUGCUUCAGACACUCAUUGGCCUGCAGAUCGUCCAAUCACCAUGCAGCUGUCAACAUCACAUCGGACUUCCAUGAAGACACAGAUGGCUGGUCAGGACAGUUCUCCGGGGGACAGGAGUAUCCUCUGCUGUGGAAGGAAGGGGAGGUCUACUUGCUACCACUCAGUGAGGAUGAUCUCGGCUUCUACAGAGCUCCAGAGAGGUUCCUGGGGAACCAUCUCCUGAGCUACGGCCAGCUCCUUUCCCUGACCUUCACGGCCGAGGCCCAGUACCUCCUCCCUCACAGUGUCACAGUGCUCCUGGAAGGAUCGGGAACCACCCUGUCAGCUGACCUUUCACCCCAACAUGGACCUGUCCACCAGCCGGGCCUCGCUCCCGAGCACACCUUCACUCUCAGACUUCACAAGGAGGAGACGAGGCUGAGGCCUUCUUUGUCUGCCUUCCAGUUCCACCAUCUUCUCUUCAACCUCACUGCUAUACAGAUCAGCAACGCAGGAGGACACAACUACACGUCCCAACUCUCAGGGGUAACCCUGGCUUCCGCUGCCCCCUUCUCCAGUCCUGUUACCCCCUCUACCCCCCCUGUUCCCUGGGUAGAGGUGUGUACAUGCCCUCCUGGAUUUGGGGGUCAGUUCUGUGAGCUCUGUGCCCCAGGAUUCAGCAGAGAGGUCCCUAAUGGAGGACCCCUGUCUCCCUGUGUGCCCUGCACCUGCCACCAGCAUGGACCCUGCCACCCUGAGACAGGUGUGUGUGUGUGUAUUGACUUCACCACAGGACCAACCUGCGAGCGUUGUCUGGACGGUUACUAUGGCAACGUGUUGAUUGGCACGCCCAAUGACUGCAGACCUUGCCCCUGCCCGGACCGUACCAGCUGUGCUCAAAUGACGGAGACGGGGGAGGUGGUCUGUACCAACUGCCCUUCAGGACAGAGGGGCAUCAGAUGUGAGAUGUGCGAGGACAGUUUCCACGGCGACCCCCUGGGCCGGUCAGGGCCGGUUCAACCGUGUGAGAAGUGCGACUGUAACGAUAAUGUGGACCCCAACGCGCUGGGCGUGUGUGAUCACAUGACGGGCCGUUGCCUGAAGUGCCUAAAACACACCGAGGGAGACCAUUGCCAACGCUGCCGACAAGGUUACUAUGGGGACGCCCUGGACCGCACCUUGGCCCAGAAGUGCAAACGCUGCGGCUGCAGUCCUGCAGGGACUUCUGGGUCAUUGGAGGACUGUGACCCCCAAACAGGAAGUUGUCUGUGCCUUAGUCAUGUGACCGGGCGAGACUGUGGUCAGUGUGAGGUGGGCUUCUUCAACCUGCAGUCUGGAGUAGGCUGUGAGAGGUGCACCUGUAAACCCCAUUGGCUAUCUUCCAUGCCUUGCCACCAAAUCACAGGCCAGUGGGUGUGUGUCGGCUGGGAGUGGAGGGGCGGCUGUGCGCACAUGUCGUAUGGGCUUCUUUGGUUUCUCCUCACAGGGGGCUGCAGAGUCCCCUUCCUUCUCCGCAUCCUCUCUUGCCCUUCACCUCCUUGCAUCCCCUGCUCUCCCACCGCCUCUUUUGCCUCCCAGUCCCUUAGGUCCCUAUCAUCACACCGCCUUUCUCCCUCCCUCUUCCACCCUGCCUCCCCUGUCGCUCUCUGCCACCUCUCCAUGCCUCCUCCACCCGCCUUUGUUGCUGUCUCCUGCUCCCCGCCUCUCUCCACCCCUGCCUCCCCUUGUCGCUCUCUCACCCCUGCUCCCCUGUCCUCUCUCCACGCCCUCGCUCAUGUCCCUCUCUCCACCCUGCCUUCCCACUUGUCCCUCUUCACCCUGACUCCCCUGUCCUCUACUCCCGUUGCUCCCUGCUUGUCACACUGCUCUGCCCCACUGCGUCCCACUCGCUGUAAUUGUGACCCAAUGGGUUCCAGCUCCAUGCAGUGCCACACCAACGGCACCUGUCCCUGCCGCCAGGGCUUCGUGGGGUACAAGUGUGAUCAAUGUGAGCUCAACUACUUCCACAACAGAGCCACACACCAGUGUGAGGAGUGCCCCGUCUGCUAUGGGCUAGUCAAGGAGCAGGCAGGGAGGCUGAAGGCUCGGUUGCAGGAUUUGGAGAAUCUCCUAGCACGCUUCGACUGCCGGAGUGGCUACGGGCACCACCAUCAUGUGCGCGAGUAUCACAUGCGACAGCUUCAUGAGCGACAGCAUCACGAGCGUGGGCAUCAGGGGGAGGACAGCCUGCCCAAUGCGCUGGAGGACUUCCUGGCUAUCCAAGAGGCAAAGGAAGCCUUGGUUAAACAGUUUGCUCUCGUGGAGACGUCUACACACACUCUCUCAGCCCAGCUGCACCAUGUUACCCCAGCUAUGCACUGUAGUGCCAGCAUGGAGGAAGAGCAGGAGGAGGAGAAAAAGGAGGAGGGGAAUGAGAACAGGCGGAGAACAUUGUGUAGUACCCUUGCUGACGCUGUAUCAGUGGUCAGAAGUGCACAGACACAGCUGAAGCAGGCAACACUGGACCUGGACAACAUGGUCAUUCCUUUCGAGGUGCCACCGGUGCCCAACCGAUGGAACUCAGCGGUGAACCAAUCAGAGGUCCUUAUGAAAAGCCACACAGAGAUGUCUGGUCGUAUAGAGUCUAUAGCUACCAAGGCGUUCAUGGCCUCCAACCAGACCUACUCUCUACUGAUGGACCUACUGGAGGACAACUCUACAAAGGAAUACAUCAGCAACCUCACAGAGCAACUGGCAGACAUGCAGCAGAUAAAGGAGAAUCUGACUGCCCAAGUGAAUAGGACUCUAGCCAAUCAACUGUCUCUGGAGGAGGAGUCUGCUGAUGUCUUGGUUGCCCUAGGUAACCUCACCUCCUCCCUAUUGGAGCUGUCCCAGAGGAGGCCCAAAUCCACAUCAGGAACCAACCAAUCAGAUCUCAGACCAACACAGGGUUACAACCAAUCAGACCCCAGCCUCGCACCGGCUGCCAAUCAAUCAGAGGAUGUUGAGCUAAGCAACAGGACAGCUGAGCUGGCGUUUAAUGUCCAGUCUAAAGAGGAGCUGGUCAAUAAGAUUAGAGAGGAGAUGGAGCCUCGCAUACAGACCGCUCACAACAACAUGGCUGCUGUAAAGGAUAUAUACAAGCUGACAGCUCAUGCCCAUGGGUCAAAGGUCCUGGCCCUGUCAUCGGUGGUGACAGGGAAAGAAAUGGAGUCAGAGGCCAUCGCUCUGCGGAGAGAACUGGAAGACAUGCAGAGAGAGUGGCCUCGAAGGCAGGCCCAGACCAAGGCUGCUCUGAAGAAGGAGACGCUGCUGAGGGAGAAGGUUCUGGAAGACAUCAAUAAGAAGGUGAACCAGACAGAGAGAGUCCUGAGGCCUGCCCUGGAUAACGCUACCCUCUCCAAUGCUACCGCAGAACAGGCAGAACACACUGCACACGCCCUGUCUAAAGAGGCCAGGGCCACCCUGACCAAGGCCAAGCACGUGAGGACAGCGUCUGCCCAGCUCAGCUCCUCUGUGGACACAGCCCUGCAGCAGCUGGCUGAGCUAGAGAACCACACUGCCCAGGCACGAGCUCAACUCAACGUAGAGCCUGUAGAGUCUCUGACCAGUGUGAAGGGGGACAUCCAGGCAGCUAAGUUUCAGCUGGAGGCCUAUUCACUCACACUCAUCCAGCUCAUCAGUAACAUGGAUGGGAGCAUGGUGCUGGAGCAGUUUGACCGUAUCCUCAGCGAGACGGCGGUGCGGUUGGGUGUUCUGCGUGGCAGCGUGGAGAGCCCUGCCCUGAACGGGAAGAUCCAGACCCUAUGGUCAGCUGGCCAGGACCAGAAGAGCCAACUGACCCACCUGGAACAGGACCUGCAGGAGAUAAGAAAGGAGCGAGAUAGUUUGAAGGACAUUGCCCUGCACCUGCCCCAGACCUGCCCCCAGGCCUCGGGGAUAGAGGGACACUAGGACGGGGCUCCAGGAGAACACAAGUCAUAUUCCAUUCAUUCUACUCCCUCCCUGAAGUGCACACACUCGUUCACUCAACCUCAAUGAUUUAAAAGAGGGUCUACCAUGUUUCUUACACCAGGAAAAUUGAAUUAGACAUAAGAAUGCUGAGAGGACUCUAGAAGUUCAGAUGGUGGGUAGGACUCAGAUAUUUGAAUGCUUUAGGGUAGAUGUAGUCUGUCCCAAAUGGCACCCUAUAGUGCAUGACUUUUGACGAGUGCCUGUAGAGCUUUGGUCAGAAGUAGUGCACUAUGUAGGGAAUGUGGUUCCAUUUGGGACACAUGCAUAGAAGUGUAGGUGGCAUCCUUCUCAGUUUGUUGGUGUUACUGGACAAUACUGUGGUUGUGCAUCCCCAUCUACUGCAGUGCACAGUCACACAGUUCUACCACUAAGUCUCUAUACUUUUCAAACUCUCCACUAUACUUUUCUGACCUGCCUGACACCACUUCAAUACUACUAUCCAGGCAUAGGCAGUUUUCCUUGCCCUCUUUGAAAUUCUAUCAUCAUGCUUUUCCUUUAGUUCUACCCCUCACUCCUUUUUGGCUUUACUUAUCUUUCUGUAGCUCAUCCAGCUCCCGACUCCACAUUACCCCUGCCCUGUCUCCAUAGCAGUGAUCUCUCAUUUCAUUUCCCCCUGUAAUGUCUCCAACAACAUCUGCAGUGUAAUUAAUCAGUGAAUAAUAAGUCAGCUAUAGCUGCCUGUUCAACAGCCCAGUGUGUCCUGUCAAGUUUAAAAUAAUGCUGAUUUUCCACUUUGGGGGUAGGUGUGUCUGAACCGCGGUGCUUCUCCAAUGUGAAACCAUCAUUUACACUUGAGCAAUUUUCAUCAGCCUUCCAUAAUUAACAAUUAGUCAUUUUGCCCUCCAUAGGGUUCAACUGCGCACACAGUCAUUCAGUUUGGGAUUCUGCAUGUGCCUCUCGCUUUCCCUCAGUCUCCUUUCUCUCUGAGCAAAUUAACUGUUUGUCAAAUGGAAAAGGAUAAAAACAACCAACCUGUUGGCUUUCUCCAUGUGGGUAACAAUGGCUGGAAUACCUACUGAAUUAUUGACGGUAUAGUAAUCUGUCGCUAGAAAUGGGACCUUUCUAUUUCAGAUGGAAUUUUGUCAGACUACAAAUAAGAUAUGAUUGGUUUUAGAUGAUAGCCCGGUAAACAAAGUAGAAAACAAGGCCUGAAAAUGUAAUGUAUUCUCUCUGCGUGUGUGUUCGCCCCCAAAAUCGUGUGAUUUUGUUGAUGGUGCUGUUGAUUACUAUUGGAGAAACUAGCGCAGCUAUUGACAAAGCCAUAAAUAAAACUAUAAAGCACACUAAAUAUAUACUGGAUCAAAUACUGAUGAUGAAAAGCAAUGAUAGAAGUGCCUAAUAUCAAUACAAAUUGUACUACAUUCAUAACUUCAGUCUUAUGGACUAUAUUUCUGUUAAAUGCUCGAUCCUUUGUUUGAUAUUAAACUGACAAACAUCC